AUGUUGGUGGCUGUAGGAGCAUGCUAUUUGGAUACGAUUCUCACAACAUCUCACUACCCUGAAGAAGAUGAGAAGUUACGGGCAUCCAGUGUGUCUCGUCGAAGAGGGGGCAAUUGUCCAAAUACACUUGAAGUAUUGGCCCAAUUGGUGUCGCAACAGGACGCACAGGACCAGCUUCGCCUGGGACUGAUCACAGUUCUGCCAGCUCGAUCAUCGCCGGCCUCACAGCUGAUCCAGUCCGAGUUGGGUUCACGCGUGAGUCUGGAACAUUGUGUCUACCGUGAGGGAUUCGAAGACCCAGCUUCAUGCUACAUUAUCAGAAGCCAGUCCACCGGUAGCCGAACAAUUGUCAAUUAUAACAACCUCCCAGACUUCACUUUGAAGGAACUUGAAGAGAAGUCUGACAGGCUUGGCUCUACAGCAUCUUGGUUCCAUUUUGAGGGCCGAAUCCCUGAUAUAACACUGCUUACGAUGCGUCACUUGCGCAGGCAAUUUCCUUGGGUCAAAAUUAGCGUGGAAAUCGAAAAAUCUGGUCGGUCCGGUCUUCAGGCACUCGCGGAAGAGGCAGAUGUUGUUUUCUAUGCAAAAUCGUGGGCCUUGGUGAGUGACAUCGUGGAGUGGCAUAAGGCUCAAGUCAAGGUUGACCUAUCGAUCGGACAGGGCGCUGGGUAUAAAACUGCGGAAGAAUGCUUGCAUGCUCAAGCUGCUCUGGCACCCAGUUCAUCGUUACUGUGUUGCACUUGGGGCCAAGACGGCGCCAGUGCGCUGCAGCCCGCCAAUGGAAACUUGGUGUACGCGCCGGCGUUCACAGUAGAGGGCUUCCAAGUUAUCGACCCUAUUGGGGCCGGCGACACCUUUAUUGCAGGCAUGCUCUACGGGCUGACCUGCAGAGACACAGAAUGGGGCCUUGCCCAGAAGCUCGCGUUUGCGACCCAGCUGGCAGGGAUGAAGGUCUCCCAGGAGGGUUUUACCGGACUACACCGUGUACUGGUAUCUAUGAAGUGUCCUUUGUAA